AUGCAACUUCUACGCACGCUUUCUAGUCUGGGGCUGAUUUCCUUUUUCAUCAUCAAUAUUGAUGAGGCCGAAUCAGUUGGCUCUUGUCACUAUUUUAGUGAGUACAAGGUGGAUUGGUUUGAUGCAUUAUUCGCGUGCCAGUUAAUGAAACUUUGCCUGGCUGAUCUGAGAACGAAAACCGCUUUUGAUAUGGUAGAGCAGGAAUUACUACCCGAUGAAGAUAAAAAUGCGGAUUAUUGGAUUGGAUUGAAUGGUUACGAGAAGCAUAAAUAUACCUAUGUUUCAGAUAAUUCAGCAUUGGAAUAUAUGCCACCGAACACAAAAUUAACGCUCAACAAACCCUGUGGUUAUAUAAAAAAAAAUGGAAAAUCCGAAACCGGCUCAUACACGUUGGCAACUGAUAAUUGCGGCAUGAAGAAACAAUUCAUAUGCUCCGACUCCGAAUGGUGCAACGGUAAUCCCACUAACAGUUCGUUUGUUUUGGGUUGGAUAAUAGAGCCACCUUGCUACAUAGAAGAUGACAUUUUGGAUUUGCUUGGUCUCAAAGGGUUGGUACCAAAAUCUAAUAAAAUUCACAAGGGGUAAAAAUGUUAUCAUAAAUAAAGAAAAGUAUUGGCACGUGCUAAUGCCGUGCAAGUGCUAAUGCUCUUGAAUUGUC